AUGUUGAAGAAAAUUUCUGAGGCAUGUGGGCUUUCAUCAGUUCCAUUAACAAAAGGUGAUAUUAAAAAAUACGAAAAUAUACCACGCUUUACAUACAGAUGUAAUUUCCAAGCAAUUCAACCAGGAAAUAUCACUUCGGAUUCAGGUUGGGGCUGCUGCUACAGAUCUGCACAAGGAUUAAUUGCAUCAUACUUUUUAAACUAUGCCCCUGUUGAUGCAGAGUAUUUUUUUACUGUUUUUAACGAAAUUCCGAUGUUCAGUCUUUUUGAAGAUCGCGUAGAGAUGCCAUUUUCAAUACAGAAUUUAGUUUACAGAAGUGAGUUAUUUGGUGUCAAACCAGGAACAUGGGCUAAACCUUCGCAGUUGGCUGCAACUAUUGAAUCAAUUUUCAAAGAUCUGAAAUUAUCAGUUUUAAUCUCAAAAGAUUCCAAUAUCAUACCAGAGGAUGUCAAAACAAUGCGAGCUCCUUUUCUUCUUUUAAUUCCGAUUUUACUUGGAAUGAAAGACGUUGAACAAAAAUUUAUUCCUUUCAUUAAGUAUACAUUUCAACGUCCUGAGUUCCUUGGCGCAGUUAGCGGAUCUUCUGAUUUCAGUUAUUUUUUAGUUGGUUUAUCUGAAGACCAGAAUGUCGUAUAUUUCGACCCACAUGUUACAAAACAAGCUGUUGCAUCAUCAUUUGACCAUAGCGAGUUUUUUGAAGUUCCUCCUCGAGGAAUUAAAAUGAAAAGUUUGAAUCCAUCAUUUUUACUCGGGUUCUUCUGCUCAUCAACAGAGAAUGCUAUUUCUCUCAUAGAAGAUAUUACAAAACUCAAGGAUUCACCGAUUACAUUUUCAGAAAUUAGAAAAGAUUUAGUUGAUCAAGUUUUAGAUAUUGAUGAUAUUGACUUAUAA